GAAAGAUAAGGGAUUCUCGAUGUUCAUGAUAACGAUUUUGCCGUGGGAAUAUCUACAUUUUCGGAUUAUGCCACCAUGGCAUAGCUACGGACUGUGACCGCAUCAUACGGAAAUGCACUCCACAUUCCAGUAAGCCUAUCGUAGUUGGAUUUUUUCUAUUUCUGUUGAUCCAACUUCCUUAUAUCUCCAUCUUCCCUUUCCCCAGAUUUGAAAAAAGUUCUUCAAAUUCUAGAAAUUCACUUCAACAAAGAAAGUUCCCCCCCUUCAUUUCCCUUAUCAGUUGUCCCAAUCAUUCUCGAAUCUCUCUUAUCUACCACGCCUCUUAUCCCCCACGAUAAGAGUUAUUCCAGUGGAUAUUGUCUUGAAUUGUACCUCAAUUUAUAUCUUCCAUUCGUUCUGAAGAUCCUCGUCAUACUUUAUUUUCCAUUAUUACAAAGGCCGUCAAUAUGACUACAACAUACCCAUACCCAACUCCCUCCGCUACACCACGCCACGAUUCCCCAUUACAACCCACAGUCCUCGUUUCUUCGAGAGCAGUCAUCUUUGACGAGAAUGACAAUCUCAUUGUCUCACCGGCAACCAUUACAAUCUCACCCUCAACCGGCAAGAUUAUAUCCAUCUUACCUACCGUUCUCCCACCCUCGAGUUUUCCGCCAAACACAGUUUACGUCGACCACACUCCUCAUCUGAUCCUUCCGGGGUUAGUCGAUGCACAUGUUCAUCUUAAUGAGCCAGGUCGAACCGAAUGGGAAGGUUUCAGUACCGGUACCAAAGCUGCUGCAUCAGGUGGUGUCACAACAGUCAUUGAUAUGCCAUUGAAUGCCAUUCCACCAACCACAACCCUGAAUGGAUUAGAAGAAAAGAUCAAGGCUGCACAAGGUCAAUGCUGGGUUGAUGUUGGAUUUUAUGGUGGAAUCAUACCUGGAAAUGCUGAGGAGCUACUUCCGCUUGUUGAAGCAGGUGUCAGGGGGUUCAAGGGCUUUCUCAUAGAGAGUGGUGUCGAUGAAUUCCCUGCCGUCUCUUCCGACGAUAUAGCUCUCGUACUCAAGACACUCAAAGAUUCUUCUACAACACUCAUGUUCCAUGCGGAAAUGAUUCCACCCAUAACAGCCUCCGUGGGUGAUGACGUCCAAAUAUCCCUCCCACCUCUCCAGCCAUCAGGACCACUGACAGCAUACGACACAUUCCUAUCCUCCCGCCCUCCAUCCUUCGAAACAUACGCCGUUGAUCAAAUCCUCUCGCUUGCCCACCUCGCUCCUUCCCUUCAUCUCCACAUCGUCCACCUUUCAGCCAUCGAAGCUAUCCCUCUCCUCCGUGCAGCCCGUUCAUCCGGUAUAAACAUUACUGCGGAGACUUGUUUCCACUACCUCGCUCUCGCAUCCGAAGAUGUAGCCGAAGGUGAUACCCGUCAUAAAUGUUGUCCCCCAAUUCGUUCUUCAGCCAACCGUGAUGGUCUCUGGAGCGAACUCUCACACCCGGAAUCCGUCAUCAAAACUAUCGUUAGCGACCACAGCCCAUGUACUCCUGAACUCAAACUCCUUCCCGAGCAUCUAUCCCAUGGCUGUGGCGCCAUGCGCGACGACGCUAAAGGGGUUAACGGCGGAUUAUUAAAAGAUCAAGAAGCUAAAGAAAAAGGCGAUUUUUUCGCUUCUUGGGGAGGUAUCUCUUCAGUUGGUCUUGGUCUUCCAAUUCUGUGGACAGAAGCCACAUCUCGUUCUCAAGCUUCAUCUUCUUCCUCUAUCGAUAUCCUUGAUAUCGUGAGGCUAUGCGCUGUGAAUACAGCCAAGCAAGUCGGGCUUCAGCACCGUAAAGGAGCGUUAAGACCAGGUUUCGAUGCAGACAUUUGUGUCUUCGAAGACAAUCACGAGUGGCUUGUAGGCAGAGAAGAACUGCUUUUUAGAAACAAAGUUAGUCCAUAUACUGGAAAGACUAUGAAGGGAAGAGUGAAGGAGACAUGGGUUAGGGGAACUAAGGUCUACGAAAGGGGGGUCGGAGAGAUGAAUGGAAUGAUUGUUAGGAAAGAGGGUCCUGUUGGAAGGUUACUCUUGGAAAAGAGAACUGUUUAAACUUUAGAUCUUAGAUGAGGGAAUACUUGGAAUGGAUGGGUGCUCAAGGUGUAACGAUUUAUGAUAUGAUUUGGAAGUUGCCUGUAUGGUAUGGUAUGGUAUGGUAUGGCAUGGCAUUGGUAUGGGAUAUAAUUGCAUGUAUGAGUGAAUGGUAUGGGGGAAAACUUGCAUAUCGAUUUAGCAUUUAAAUUAGUAGCAUAUGUUUGAAUUGUUAUGAAUAAAAAUUUAUGAAAUAACUCGUAUCUUUACUGACCA